UCAUGACUAAUUAAUAAACUGUAUGUUAUUAAAGAAAAUUAGGUAGAUAUUUACUUUCAAAAUAACUCCUUAAUUAAACACAAAUGGUAAUUUAGAACGUGCUGUGAUGUUGGUUCCGUUGUCGCUAUCAUUUUUUCUCAAAGAUUCUGUUGUUGUUGUUGUUGUUGUUGUUGUUGUUGUUGUUGUUGUUGUUUUUGUUGUCGAUGAUGUUAUUAUUAGCGUUAUAGUUGUUAGUUCGUUUGCUUGUUUUCAUUUUUUGUUUGUAUGUUUGGGUGUUUGUUUGUUUCUUUGCUUUUUUUGUGUGUGUUUUUGUUUGUUUAUGUUUUGUAUAUUUUUUGUUUGUUUGUUACUUGUUUGUUCGUUUUUCUUUUUGUUUAUUUAUCUGUUUUGUAUAUUUGUUUAUUAGUUAUGUUUUUCCACUUGUUGAUAUUGUUACUGCUGUUGUUGUUAUCGUGUUCGUCUCAUCAUAGAAGCUUGCAUGUUACAGUUUUUAUUUUAUUACUUAUCAGUCAAUCCCCAGCUUUCUUCAGAUUUUUAUAAUACACAAAUUGAUGAAUAACACGCGAUCAAAGCAAAAGUUAUGUUAGUCAGUAUGUACAGUGACAUUAAAAAAAUAUGCACACUUAAGUGUUUUGUCAGAGUCAAUUAGCAUGCACUAAUAUUCUAUGUCUGGCUAAUUUAAUUAGAAACAUCAUGGCAACAGGAUGACUUUGACGUCAUUGCAACACUACCGUGUUUAUAUAGUUAAAUGUUAUGUUUUACUUUGGCUCGUGAAAUAUGUAGAAGUGUGAUAUAAGAAUUGUCAUUGUUGUUGUUUGGUGAUGAUUGCACUGAUUGAUAUCAGAAAUCCACUUUAAUAUAAGUUCGUCUAUUUAUAUUUUUCACUGUUUUGUGUUUAUGUUCCUUCGUCUAUUUUAUGCAUUUUGUUUUGCUAUUUUGUUUUCCAUUUACAACACUGGGAACGCUGCGCCUGUUAUCCAAGUGAAACGGUUGUGCCGUCUGUGCUGUGCUGUUUGUGCCGUCUCUUUACAUUGUUUUAUAAGACUAACAGAACUUCACAGAGACCACAAAGAUAAAUUCUUAAUCCAAACGCAAUGAAGAUACGCUCUACAGCAACUCUAUCUACGAUUUCUAUACAUACAAAAGAAAAAACAUAAAUUACAUUUAGAAGCAAUGCAGUAUGAUGCAACAAAGUUGACCAUUGUUGACUGAUGACAUGGCAGGAAAGUCCCUGUAAUGGACAUUUGAUAUAUGCUCGGCCUAUGAUCUUUUAACAGUUUUGUUUUUUAAAGGAAUGCGUGGUGUUCUUCAACUAUUCUCCUCGUGCAAGACAAAGAAUCUUUUUUUAUCAAUUACACUGUCCACUGGAGCAAUUCAAAAUAGCAUGCGUUGAAUGAAUGUGGUUUUGAUUUGGUGCAAGUUUAGGGGAUUCUGCACUGUCGUCUGGGAACUUGUGAAUAGUAUAUUUUGCAAAGAUGAAUUCUUCCACAAAUCAAACUCAAACUUCAAAUAGAUCUAAUUCCACGACCACAGCAGUCACCUUUAAAUCAACCACACGACUGAUGAUAAACCAAUCAAAAAGAAGAACAACUUUUUCGAAAGACGCUACUAUUCGUUCAUUGGUUGACACUACCACGGCUUCUUCUGAAACGACAAAGAGAUCAACGUAUAGCAGCGAUGCAUUUGUGGUGUUGAAUGCGACAACUGUUCUACCGACGGUGGCGGGCGUACUGACCACAGGUACAAUAGGUCUGACCGAGAAACAGAAAGCCAAUCAAGUGAAAUUUGGAAUAAUUGUAGGCGUCUGUUUUACCACAUUCUUAUUGGGUGUUAUCAGUUAUGUUACUUUUAUACAGUGUCAAAAAUUUCGAAAAAUCUUAAUAGAACGAAGAAAAUCUGAAGAAGACGACGAACGUCCAGUACUCACCCGCAGAACAUCCAUGGUCGGGCAAGGUCAAAAACAAGUUGUAAUUGAAAGACGUGCAAGUCUUAUACCAAGUCAAGGAGGGAGAAAACAAACACCACCUGAAAACUUUCAACCGUUAGAUUCUCUAGGAAAUCAAAUCCCAGCCAGUUCAACGGCGCCAUUAUGGGAUAUUCUUCCAACAUAUCCAAACAACCAAAUAUCGGCAUUUUCACCUUAUUUAUAUCCACCAGGCUUUUGCAUGCAAAACGCCAUUAUAAAAUACAACAGUAAGACAUACGACGAGGACGAUGACGCCGAUAGUGCAGUGUCGAAUGACGGUGAAGAAGGCACGUCAUCAACGACACAAAACAAAAGCCUUUUAUCGCCAGUGCAUAGUGGCGACGACUGUGAUGGCGACGACGACGACGAUAUGGCGUUUGGAAGUUAUCGCGAAUCGCAAAAAGCUUUAUUGACGUAAAUAGUUUUUUGUUGCACUAAUAUUUCGUCAAAAUAAUCACAUUCACAACGUUGGUAUUAAAAUAGAUAUGUAUGAAAAACUGAACUCAACAGAAGACUGUUUUCUUAACCAUUGAGCAUUGGCAUAUUAUAUAAGCACAUGGCUUUCCUGAUAUCGUUGUAGUUCUAUGACGUUCCAGGGCCAUCAAAACCAGAAGGGAAGGAACAGACUCACUAUGCUUCUCCUAAACAGAUUUUAAAACGUUGGCAAAGCAGCGACAACAACAACAAUGACGGAGAGUGACGAUCUAGAAUUUUAUUUUGUUUAAUUAAAUUCAUUUUAUUAUCAAGAAAGCUAUUUAAAGAGAUUCCGUCUGAGUUCGGCCCAUUCUCGACCCCAGAGCUCAUUGAGAUAAAUUCAAAGAGCUCUGAAGAGCGAGGUCGAGCAUCCUAUUUUAACAGGUACCGAGAUGCUGUUUUAAGCGUUUAAAUGUAUUUCUUUAUACCCAAAGAGUUUUAUUAACAAGCUAAACAUUGCGGAAGUUACACAAGUAAUAAGUCAUUACUAUAAAAUAAAAGUUUUUCCAAAAAGACAUCCGAAUUUUAUCAUGGGGAGCCAAGACAGAAUGAAUAACCACGCCAAAUUUCUAAGAAUUCAAGACUUGGAAGUAAAGCUUUUUUUGAAGUACUUCCUUAGAAAAUCAAUUCCGUAAGGUUUGAGAUUUAUGCAUAUCGAUUGGCAAAAUUUAACUCAAUGUUAUUUAUCUACGAAACUGCAGGACCUCUUUAAAUCUAUUUCCACGAAUUUUUAUAUUAAUGUUUAAACGACUUUUGACCACUUCUUAUAGAUAGAAGUUGAUGUGUACAUUUUGUAAAAAUUGAAAUUUUAAGCACACUGUUAAAUAUUUUUGUAAUAUAAUAAUAAAAAACAGACUGUUA